UGUACCGUAUUGUGCAAUGUUAACAAUUUACUUUUAAUUAGGUAAUAUGUUUGUGCUUCAGUGAAUCGUAAAACCAUAUGAGCGCAGGGAUAGAGAGUUUGGCAAAAAGGGAUUUUGAAAGGGGUGUUGCAAGCUGAACUGGCAACCGACAGUCCCGGGGCAGGUCCUGCCAUUGCGUCGCCAAGAGUCCGGAGGCUGAGGUUUGUGUGUGGACAUUUCUGGGAAAGCCUCCACGGCUCCGUUUUGCCAAGGAGAACCUGGGAAGAAGCACGCGUUUUCCUCCACAGACUCGGCACAGGUUUCCAGCGCAGUUAAGAGUCAGCCUGCUCACAUUUCUUGCUUUUUAUCGGAGGCUCUUCCUUCUUGCACACAGAAGAUCUCCUUACAGUGUGCUGGAAAUAAAUUAAAAAAAGCUCGAGGAUUAAUUGGAUAGGUAAAUAACUUAUUAGAGUGAACGCGUAAGCGUCUAUUUUGGAGAUGUGACGUGGUCCAAAACUUUUCGCCGAAAGACUUCAUUCAUUUUGUCCUGGGGUUGAGGAUUAUUUUCAGAACUUUGGAUGUUUGUGUAACAGAGAUGCUAUAUACUCUUUAUCUUCCUGGGAUUAUACUUGAAAACGGAAGUGGUCCGAGAUGAAAUUCUGGGUAUAACUCCUUACGCACGACAAAUUCUUCUCUUAUUCGUAAAAAAAGAGCAGUGUGGUGGUUUUCGUGAGCAGAGGGCAUGCUCUGAAACAGAUCACUGGCAGACUAUUAUGUGUCCUGCACCUACUCUUGUCUUCAUCUGGAAUUAAUUGAUUAACAACUUCAAUGCACUAAAGACGCGUAAGGAUAACUGGUCCACCACUGGAUCUUUUUAUAUUCCCUGGUGAGUGUUUAGAUUACUUUAUCUGACUUCUCGCCAGAAUGUGGAGGGCUUUUGUACUCAGUUUAGCUCUGAUUUAUCUGCUGACCUGCACUGGCGACGCCGACAAACAGACUCACCUCAAGCGGGUGCAGUUGCACAGACGAGCAAGGAUGGGACGUCCUCGGCUGGGCGCAACGGACAAGGGGCACCUCCACGGGCGUGUACACCCUGGAUUUGGUUCGGCAAUUUCUGUGCACAGCCACAAGACGGAGGGGGAUAUGCAGGCCGACGAGGGUACUCCAGUUUCAGGGACUAUGCGGGGCAGGAGAGCAGGAGGUCAGGGUUUGGUGCCAAGGAGAAUGGUGUCUGGACAGACUGGCAUGCCCCGUCAGCCGGGCAUGCUGCAGGAUGAGGGCACACCAGGAGCGAGAGCCAGGGUCUCCCGGAUGCACGGCGGUGCCGGGUCACCUAAUCUGCUGGCGAGUUUUGCAGGGAAGAACCGGGUCCUUGUGAUCUCGGCACCUCACGAAUCAGAAGGCUAUUACCGGAUGAUGAUGACUCUAUUGAAACCAGAUGUGUACUGCGAGCUCGCCGAACGACACGUCCACCAGAUUGUCAUGUUUCACCAGGAGGGAGAGAUGGGGGGCAAGGUGAGGAGGAUCACCUCAGAGGGCAAAGUGAUGGAGGAGCCUUUGGACACAGCACUGAUCCCCAGACUCAUGAGCUUCCUCAAACUGGAGAAGGGUAAAUUUGGAAUGGUGCUGCUGAAGAAGACCCUGCAGGUGCAAGAGAGGUACCCCUACCCUGUGAGGUUGGAGGCCAUGUAUGAGGUGAUUGACCAGUCGCCCAUGAGGAAGCUGGAGAAGCUUCGCCAGAAAGGCUUCCUCCAGAAGUGUAAAGGAGCAGGUGUUGAGGGCCAAGUGGAGGAAGGUACACUCACAGUAGACACACCAGUAGAAAGAAAACCAGGCAAGAAGAUCCUCAGAAAGCCCACACACGCCUCAACAACGACCACAGUUGCCACAACCACCACAACCAGAGCAACAACAACUACGACCAAAGCAACAACAACAACAACUCCCAAACCCACCACAAGACGAAUCACCACUACUACCACCAGAAGACCAACUACCACCACCACCACCCAGGCACCAACCAGAGCCCACACCACAGCACUGUGGCUGCCAGCCCCCAGAACCACUGUUGAUCCUUACUACUACAACCGCAGAGAGAGGGAGAGGUACCCAGCCAAAACAACCCCUGCUGGAGAUAACCACACCAACAAGGACAACAGAGAUCCACACAGCCGCAAGCUGGUACCUGCCACACGGAGGAUCAAACCCACCAAGAGAAAGAAUGGAGGAGAGAAGGUGAUGACUAAUGAGUACGAGGACAAGUAUGAGCCCAGCAAGCCAACAAUCAGUGACCCCGAAGAGACGGAAACCUUCACCGACAUCAGUCCCACCAAGAGGGUCAAGGGCAAACAUGACAAGCAUGACAAAAAGAAGAAAAAGAACGACAAAGCAGCUAAGAAAGCAGAGAGGAGAGGAGGGAAGGCUGGGAAGGAGGGGAAGAAUGGGUUGAAGAAAAAUGGAAAGAAGUUAUCAAAGUACCCUGAGAAAGAGGACUACCCAAAGCCCACUAAAAAGCCAACGCCCCCUCCGAAGGGAUCUCUGGCCUCCUUCCUGGACUACUUUGAGAAUAGAAGGCGGCUGCUGCUGAUUACAUCCCCCAGUGAGGAGAACAGUAUGUAUGUUCAGCAGAGGGAUGAGUACCUGGAGUCUGUGUGUGAAAUGGCCAUCAGAAAAGUCUCCAUCAUCACUAUUUUUGGCUCCCUGACAAACUCCACCAUGAAAAUUGACCACUACCAACUGGAGAAUGAUAAACCCAUGAAGGGUCUUCGUCAGGAGGACCUGGUGAACCAGGAUCUGAUCACAGAGCUGAGGAAAGAGUUCAGCAUGACGCACGAUGACUUCUACAUGGUCCUCACAGACACCGACAUGAGGGUUAAGCAAUCCUAUGAGGUUCCCAUCGCCAUGAAGGCUGUAUUCAACUACAUCGACACCUUCUCCUCCCGCAUCCGAGAAAUGGAGCAGCAGAAGAGAGAUGGCGUUGAGUGUAAGAAAGAGGACAAACCGCGAUCGUUGGAGAACUUCCUCUCCAGGUUCCGCUGGAGACGUCGCUUGUUCAUCAUCUCCGCCCCCAAUGAUGAGGAGUGGGCCUAUCAGCAGCAGCUCUACGCCCUGAACAGCCAGGCAUGCAACCUGGGUCUGAGGCACAUCGCCAUUCUGAAGUUGGUCGGUACGGAGAUAGUGGAUAUGGGCGGAGUGUUGGAACUCUAUCCUAUCAAUGGGAGUGCUACAGUGGAGCGUGAGGGGCUAUCAGCCAACCUGGUGAAGGACAUGAGGAAUUACUUCCAGAUCAGCCCAGAGUACUUCUCCAUGCUGCUGGUCGGGAAAGACGGCAACGUUAAGUCCUGGUACCCUUCACCCAUGUGGUCCAUGGCUAUCAUCUAUGACCUGGUAGACUCUAUGCAGCUACGUAGACAGGAGAUGGCCAUCCAGCAGUCACUUGGCAUGCGCUGCCCUGAGGAUGAGUACGGCGGCUAUGGCUACCAUCAACAUGGUUACGAACACGGUUACCAAGACGGCUAUCACCAAGGCUACGGCUACUAAUGGGUGUAUGGGUGCGUGCUUACCAUGGAUGCACAACCUAACUCCUUCCUCUUGCCUUGCAGCAGGUGCUUGGCGCUAUCAGUCCUCCUCCUUUGAACCAUAACCUUUGUUUCAUCUUUCCUACCCAUCCUCCACCAGGCAGUUGACUCAGAUGAAGUGAGGUUCUUGAAUGUUUUGUAGCACUUAGUGGAAGCCUCAAAACUGUUGCUUUCACCUAUCCAGUUCUUUAAUAUAUAGCAUAGUAUGCUGCAAGUAACGGUCAUUUGCAAGAGGCUUUAAUCAGAGCUGGUCAGUCAGUAAAUGUGUAGAGGAGCCUGGAGGUUCAGGGAUCAGUUGUGUAUUUAGUUUUUGUUGGGUUUUUUUGCAGUUCAAACUUCAAACAAACAGUGUUUUGCACAUUAUAGUAUCUGUCUCCUUCACUUGCCUUCCAGUUCAUCUUCAUGUUAUCAGCACAGAUCUUUUUUUGUAGAUAAUGGGCUAAAAUAAGACAUAUAUGUAUUUAUUGGACAUCUGUUGCAUUUCAGGUACAGUUAUCGAUUAUUUUAUGAGAAGAAGCUGUCACAUUAUUGCUCUUUUGUAAAGUGUCUUAUUUAUACUCUAUUGUGCUAUAUGACAAAUAAACAUUUGUUUAAUA